GGAAGUGGCCGCGCGGCGCCGCGUCCCCGCCCAGAGCCGGGAGCAGGGGAGUCGCGUGUCACGGCCGGUGCGCGGCGUCCCCGUGCAGUCCUGGCGACCUGUCACCGAGGACGACGUGACUCGGAGCUGCCUCCGCUUUCUCCAAGCCGUAUUCCUUUAAGAUGAUGUAAUAGUCAUUUCCCUGGAUGGUAUCUUGCCUGCGCCGCUGAAACAACAGCCCCCGAACUGCGCUGGGAACUGUGGAACCACCCAGCUCCGCCGGCCGCCGGAGAAGCCCGAGCCCGAGCCCCCCGCGGCCCCUCUGCGCUGCGGCGGCCGGGCUCCCAGCGGCUCCCGCCGGCCUGCGAGCAUGGGAGUCCGUCUGCCCUUGCCGGCAGGUGGGGUGGCUACCUGGGACCCCAGCAGGGCACAUCUGUCUUUCUUCCUGCUGCUGGGCUUUCCGAAAAGCUUCUAAGUCCCAGUACCUCUUCCAACUCUCUUCUGUUUUAAGGAUUCUUUCUAAAGACAGACCUCGGAGUAACUGGGGACUUGGCCUGCCUUGCCUACCGAGCUUGGGACAGAUCGGAUGGAGAUGAGUUGAUUACAUUCUGUGAAGUAAUAGCUCACCACCAGCCAGGGUUGAAACUACUUUUGCAGCAUCACUUCACCUGUGGACUCUUCUGAAUUUUGCCUUCUUGGGGAAAAAAACUGGGGUAAGAGAAGGUCGUUUUUAACAAGUUAGCUUCCUUCUCCCUGUUUGGCAAGUUGAUGCAAAGGAUAAGGCUGUGACUCCACUGGAUUGCACCUUCAAAUCAAAAUAGGAGAAGAGCAAGAAGAAAGGGACAAUGGCUUUGAGUGGAAACUGUAGUCGUUAUUAUCCUCGAGAACAGGGGGCUGCAGUUCCCAACUCCUUCCCUGAGGUCGUGGAGCUGAAUGUCGGGGGUCAAGUUUAUUUCACCCGCCAUUCCACAUUAAUAAGCGUCCCUCAUUCCCUCCUGUGGAAAAUGUUUUCCCCAAAGAGAGACACGGCUAACGAUCUAGCCAAGGACUCCAAAGGAAGGUUUUUCAUCGACAGAGAUGGAUUCUUGUUCCGUUACAUUCUGGACUAUCUCAGGGACAGGCAGGUGGUCCUGCCUGAUCACUUUCCGGAAAGGGGAAGACUGAAAAGGGAAGCGGAGUACUUCCAGCUCCCAGACUUGGUCAAACUCCUGACCCCUGAUGAUAUCAAGCAAAGCCCAGACGAAUUUUGCCACAGUGACUUCGAAGAUGCCUCCCAAGGAAGCGACACGAGAAUCUGCCCUCCUUCCUCAGUGCUCCCUGUGGACCGCAAAUGGGGCUUCAUUACUGUGGGCUAUAGGGGGUCCUGCACCAUGGGCAGAGAGGGGCAGGCAGAUGCCAAGUUUCGGAGAGUUCCCCGGAUUUUGGUUUGUGGAAGGAUUUCCUUGGCAAAAGAGGUCUUUGGAGAAACUUUGAAUGAGAGCAGAGACCCUGACCGAGCCCCAGAAAGAUACACCUCCAGAUUUUAUCUCAAAUUCAAGCAUCUGGAAAGGGCUUUUGAUAUGUUAUCAGAGUGUGGAUUCCACAUGGUGGCCUGUAACUCCUCAGUGACAGCAUCUUUUGUCAACCAGUAUACAGAUGACAAGAUCUGGUCAAGCUACACUGAAUAUGUCUUCUACCGUGAGCCUUCGAGGUGGUCACCCUCCCACUGCGACUGCUGCUGCAAGAACACCACAGGUGACAAAGAAGGGGAGAGCGGCACAUCUUGCAACGACCUCUCCACCUCCAGCUGUGACAGUCAGUCUGAGGCCAGCUCUCCCCAGGAGACGGUCAUCUGUGGGCCCGUGACACGCCAGACCAACAUCCAGACUCUGGACCGUCCCAUCAAGAAGGGACCCGUACAGCUGAUCCAACAGUCCGAGAUGCGGCGGAAGAGCGAUCUGCUCCGGACUCUGACUUCAGGCUCCAGGGAGUCGAACAUGAGCAGCAAAAAAAAAGCUGUUAAGGAAAAGCUCUCAAUUGAGGAAGAGCUGGAGAAAUGCAUCCAGGAUUUCCUAAAGAUCAAAAUCCCAGAUAGGUUCCCUGAGAGAAAACAUCCUUGGCAAUCUGAACUUUUACGGAAGUAUCAUCUAUAGGGGAGGGCCAGGGGUGGGAGAAGAAACGAAUCGUGUCACCAUUUGGAAAUAAACCUCCUAACAAAAUUCGUAUUCGAAAAGGAAAGUAACAACUAACAAUAUGUUUGUUAGAACACAGUAGCCCAUUGAUAUACUACUGCCUAUUGACCUAGUUCACCUUAACAUUUAAAUCCACAGGGUAGAUUUCUUUCCAGAUGUGGAAUGAUAAGAAAAUCUCUUUUUGGUUCCUUGUUUGUUUGUGUGUUUACUGGAUACCAUGUGCUGAGUAUCUUAUGUAAAAUGAGAGCUGGCUACCGAAGAGUAGCUGAGAGGCUUUGGGAGUCCUUUAUCCCAAACUGGGUUUUUCUCUCAUCUUCUACCUCCCUCCUUUGAAUGAGAAUGUGGUAGAAAGAGAUCUGGCCCAAUGGCAUAUGUUUGGGUUUUUAAAUUUUCCUUUUCCCUUUUGUUUAUGGGGCAAAGGGGGAAAUGGCAGAUUUAUAUGACUUUUCACUCAAAUCUAUUAUGUGCCAGUUUAUAUUGAUGCCGUAUGCAUGAGUAUUUGUGCAACACAAGCACAACGAUGUCUGUACAUACACACAGCACACAUGUCCCCAGGGCCUGGAUAUACUAAGGGGAACACCCCUGCUCCCAGCAGCACUUUCUUUGACUACUUUAGACACAGAUGAGCCUCUGCUCCUUUCUUAAAACCCUUCUGGGAAGAUUUCCCAGCCUCCCUUGGCAACACCUUCCAACAUCGAGUAACCCUGGUCGUCAACAAAUUGUCUUCCUUAUUUUGAAAUUAACACCCUCAGGCUCCAUUUUACAGUUUUGCUCUUUCUCUGCACUAGGAGAGGGUGAGAAGAGCUUAGUAAAACAUUCUUUGUAUUAAAGAAACAAACAUUCAUAUCCACAAAAAUUAUGACUCAGUGACCCCACACUCAGCCUUCUCUACCCUGAGCUGAGUUACCUUCCGUCUCUCAAUGUUUUCAGAGUACUUACUGCCCAUGUUUUAAUGGUGUGGCCUUUUCAUGUGACCCACAUUCCGUUCUCUGCAUUUCUGUGUAGUUGUGGAAGUAAGAACAACACACAGUACUUGCUUGGAUAAGGGUCCGGCCUUUUGUUUCCUUAAGAGGGAAUUGUAUUCCACACACCGCCUAAUAAUUUCUCAUGACUUUUUUUUUACAACUACAGUGCUACGUUGUUACUUUCUUGUAGCCAGUUUUGUCUGGGAUUUUGGGAUUU